AGCGGGACGGACCCGAGUAGGAACAAAACAAACGGGGCUUUUUGUAGCGCCUUUCGCGGCGCCGCCGCUGCCUUUCCGCGCCCCGCGCAGCAAAAGCGAACAGCAGCGCGGGAAGGCGAGGAAGAGCCGGGUUUGAUUUUUCAGUGUUGUUUUGGUUUUUUUAUUUUUUUUUUUUAAUUUUUUUUUCUUUUUUUUUUGAAAUAAGACGGGAGAGGGGCGGCGAAGGGCGGGCGCGUGCCCUCCGCGGGCGCGGAGCCAUGCGGGCUGCGCGCGGCGCCGGCGGGAAUGGCCUGAGGGGCCGGCGGCGGCGCGGUCUAUGAGGCGGCGGGUCGGCACCCCCUGCGCACCUGCUUACCGCGCUCCCGCGGGCGCGGAGGGCCCCCCGGCACCAUGUCGCGGGUCGUCCAGAAGAAGAACCACUGGGCCAGCCGGGUACGGCAGUGCUCCCUCACCCGCGGGCCCGGCGGGCGGCUGGGCUUCACCCUGCUCGGCGGCGCGGAGCACGGCGAGUUCCCUUACGCGGGCGCGGUGGUGGGGGACGCGGGCGAGGCGGCGCUGAGCGAGGGGGAACUGCUGCUGGAGGUGCAGGGGGUCCGAGUCUCCGGGCUGCCGCGUUACGACGUGCUGGAGGUGAUCCGGAGCUGCAAGGAGCCCAUCGUGGUGAAAGCCGUCCGACAAGGUCCAAAGGCGAGUGGGGUACGGAAGGGAGAGAGGAGUAUCAGCCCUUCGGGGCAGCGCAGGACCCCGAAGGGAGUCGCACGCUGCGUGUGGCAGUGGGGCUUCACCCUGCUCGGCGGCGCGGAGCACGGCGAGUUCCCUUACGCGGGCGCGGUGGUGGGGGACGCGGGCGAGGCGGCGCUGAGCGAGGGGGAACUGCUGCUGGAGGUGCAGGGGGUCCGAGUCUCCGGGCUGCCGCGUUACGACGUGCUGGAGGUGAUCCGGAGCUGCAAGGAGCCCAUCGUGGUGAAAGCCGUCCGACAAGGAAGCAGACUGAACAAAGACCUGAGACAUUAUCUCAACCAGAGGUUUCAGAAAGGAUCACCGGAUCACGAUCUACAGCAGACUAUUAGAGAUAACCUUUAUCGCCAUGCUGUGCCUUGCACAACCCGCCCUCCAAGAGAAGGAGAAGUGCCUGGUGUGGACUAUAACUUUCUGACUGUGGAGGAGUUUCUGGAGUUGGAGCGAAGUGGGACCCUUCUGGAAGUAGGAACUUAUGAAGGUAACUACUAUGGAACGCCCAAGCCUCCCAGCCAGCCCCUCAGUGGGAAAGUGACUUCCACCGAUGCUUUGCAAAACCUGCAGUCUGGCUCCAAGCAGUCGACUCCAAAGCGAACCAAGUCUUACAAUGAUAUGCAAAAUGCUGGCAUAGUGCAUACAGAGAAUGAGGAAGAGGAUGAUGUACCUGAAAUGAGCAGUAGCUUCACAGCAGAGUCUGGUGACCAAGACGAGCAUAACGCGCAUAUCGUAAGAGAGACAGCCCCACCGUCCGCCAUUGAUAGCCACACCAACGUUCCCACCACGGAACCAUCUCAGAACCUCCCUCAAUACCUACCUCCUUCUGCCGAGGAUAACCUAGGUCCUCUGCCGGAAAACUGGGAGAUGGCCUACACGGAGAACGGAGAAGUCUAUUUUAUAGAGUAAAGCGCAUUUUUGUUGUUCUAAUUCCAUCUCUUUCCCUCUCUC